AUGUUUAAACUCUUCGCUGUUUUUCUUGGUACUAUGUUAGUAGCUGUCAGCUGUGGUUUAAUUCCUGGUGGUUAUUCUGAUCAUCCGGAAUUACUUGAAGAUCCACAUGUUAAAGGUUUAGUUAGUUAUGCUGCUGAACAUUUGGCUGUGACACAAAAUAUUUUUCUUAAUCAUCUUAAAGUUAUUCGUGUUCAAACUCAAGUUGUUGCUGGUAUUAAUUAUAAAUUAGAUUUUACUGGUGAAAAUGUUAAUGGUGGUAGUGGUAAAGUAAAAACAUGUCAAGCUGUUAUCUAUGUACGAUUUGAUCAAACUCAACAAGUUACUAAAAUUGAAUGUCAUUAA